CAAGGGAGAAAGAAGGGGCGAGCGGGGUAGAAGUAAAUGGGCCAAGCAGCAGUCUCAUUCUUGCUGUGUGAGAUCACGGAGCGGCAGAAUGUGUCGGGAUCUGCUUGACUACUGAAAACAAGACUGAACAAGACAGAAGGAGAGACACAGAGAAGAAGGAGGGAGGACAUAGGAAGGAAGGAGGGCGGAGGAGGAGACCUGGAAGAGUUUUGGGAUCUUUUGGGAUCUACUCUUUGCUAAGGAUCGAGUUGGCAAAGUGUCUCACAGGGGCUGAGCUACAGCCCUGCCCCGGAGUUACCACAGCCUCCUCACUGCAGCAGGGAAAAAAUGAACUAUCUGAACGUGUUGGCCAAGGCGUUGUUCGACAAUGUGGCCGAGUCUCCGGACGAGCUGUCCUUCCGUAAGGGUGACAUCAUGACGGUGUUGGAGCGUGACACGCAGGGUUUGGACGGCUGGUGGCUCUGCUCCCUCCACGGUCGCCAAGGCAUCGUCCCCGGCAACCGUCUCAAGAUCCUGGUCGGCAUGUAUGACAGCAAGCAACAAGCCAUUCCUUCCACGCCAGAGCCAGCCACUUCCUGUCCCUCCUCCCAGGUGCAGAGACCCCUCCCCCCCCUAAGCGCCUACGCCAAACCAACACCUGCUACGUCAUCUGCUACAUCCUCCUCUGGGUAUCCCAAAAAGCCCCUCUCCUCAACUCAGUACACAUCUAUGCAUCCGGCCUACUCCUCCCCCAGCCCGGCACAGCCCAGCCUUGACUCUGUCUACAUGAUGCCCCCCUCCCAUGGCCCCAAACCAAGUCCACAAAGUCUGUACCAGGUCCCCUCUGGCCCAGGCGGACUCCCUCCCGGACCCCCCAGCAAGGCCCCAGCUCUCGCCCAGAGACAGUACCGCAGUACUGGGCAGGGCGGGGGGACGGGAGGUGGGCAGGAUGUGUACCAGGUGCCCCCCUCCCUGGAGAAGAGGAACUGGGAGAGCAGCAACAAGCAACUGGGCAAGGUGGUAGUUCCUACUCGGGUCGGACAGGUGUAUGUGUACGACACAGUGAAAGCAGACCAGGACGAGUACGACAUCCCACCAAGACAUCAGCCUCCCACCCAUCAUGACAUUUACGACGUGCCGCCCACCCGCCAGCAGUACAACACACAGGUGUAUGACACUCCUCCCAUGGUGGUGAAGGGACCCUCUAGUGGUCACGAUAUAUAUGACACCCCAGCAGGCACAGACAAGAACACACAGCAGACGGUCUAUGACUUCCCCCCGUCUGUCAGUAAAGAUGUCCCUGAUGCUCAGCCAAUCAGAGAGGAGACCUAUGAUGUUCCACCCCACUUUGCCAAACUCAAGCCAGUCCCUGUCCUUCCCGGCCAGUACCUGCACAACAAUCUCAAUGACGACGAUGAGCCGCCGAUUCCAGAGGACGUGUAUGAUGUCCCGCCUCCCAUCCUGACUGACAAGCAUUAUCGCACAGACAGGGGCGGAGUUAGCCAGGCCCACCAGGAUAUCUACGACAUCCCGGCCAGCCUGCGGACCGGAGGUCACACCAGCCAGGAUGUCUAUGACUUUCCUCGGGAACGAGAGGAGAAAGGAGGAGAGAGGGGAGAGAACAACGUCUACGACGUGCCACCACAGGUUGUGCGUGAUGCCCAGUCCACCAGUGAGGAGCUCAGCUUGUCCUUCAAGCGGCUGUCUGCCUCGAGCACAGGAAGUACGAGGAGCAACCACUCUGCUUCCUCCUUAGACAUGGUCCCAGUCCGCGACACCUCCUCCUCACUUCCUGGCUCCGCUCCAGGGAAACCCCUCAUCUUGGACCUGGAGCAGGCCAUGGAGCGUCUGUCUCGCCUCCAGCAAGCUGUUGAGUCCAGCGUCUCCCUCAUGAUGUCAUUCAUCACAGGUAACUGGAGAAGCCCUGCUCAACUGGAAGGGAACCUCCCGGCCAUUCAUCAAGCUGCUGACCGCGUUCGCUCCACUGUCCGGGACUUCCUCGAAUUUGCCCGGGGUGCUGUGGCUAACUCCGCCCAGGCCACAGACCGCUCUCUGCAGACCAAGCUGUUCCGUCAGGUGGGGAAGAUGGAGGAGGUCUUCCAGAGUUUGAUUCAACACAGUCAGAGCUUAGACGCCGUUUCUUGGUCUCACACUGCGCUCUCAGCACCACCACCAGGAGGAGAUGACUUAGAUCGACUAAUCAUGACAGCGCGAGGCAUCCCCGACGACGCCAAGCAGCUUGCCUCUUUUCUCCACGGAAACGCCUCGCUGCUCUUCAAAAGGAAUAACCGGCUGCAGCAGCAGCUACCACUUCCUCCAAUCCCAGGGGAGAACAGCGGUCAUAUGACUGGAUCAGGGAGUGGGAGCUAUCAGGGAGGGGAGAAGGUGAACAUUCAGUCGCGACCCCUCCCCUCUCCGCCAAAGUUUAGCGCUGCAGAGGAAGAGGAAGGUGUGGACAGGCCGUAUGAGAGCACAGAGGAAGGCUGGAUGGAGGACUACGACUAUGUACAUUUACAGGGGAAGGAAGAAUUUGAGAAGAACCAAAAACAGCUGCUGGAGAAAGGCAACAUCAUCAGACACAAGACACAAAUGGAACAGCAACAGAUCAAACAGUUUGAGCGGCUCGAGCAGGAAGUCAGCCGGCCAAUCAACAACGACAUGACGGGCUGGGUCCCGCCCCCCACUCCACCUCCGGCCAACCAGCAGGCCCAGAACGGCUCUGGAGGCCCCUCCUCCUCCUCCAAGCUGUGCCAUGGCGACCGGCAGCUCCUCCUCUUCUACCAGGAGCAAUGUGAGCAGAACGUCACCACGGUGACCAACGCCAUAGACGCCUUCUUCACCGCCGUCAACUCCAACCAACCACCCAAGAUCUUUGUGGCGCACAGCAAGUUUGUCAUCCUCAGCGCGCACAAGCUGGUGUUCAUUGGUGACACACUGUCGCGCCAGGCCAAGUCUCCUGAUGUCAGGGCCCGGGUGACCCAGAGCAGCAACACGCUCUGCGAAAAACUCAAAGACAUUGUGAUCAGUACGAAGACAGCUGCGCUUCAGUAUCCUUCCCCUGGAGCAGCCAGAGAGAUGACUGAGAGGGUGAGGGAGCUGGCAGGCUGCACGCAGCACUUCAGGAUGGUGCUGGGGCAGCUGCUGGUGAUGUAGGGAGAGAGACACUCAACAGUGGCACAGACUGAGAUGUCCCAGGAACAUGGGGCAGUAUCCCUGUAUCAAUGGGAUGGACAACCCUGUACACCCCUGCAGCUCGGGGUAGGAGGACCUGGAGCCCUGUGGAGCCCCUCCAGUGUGAGGGUGGAGACCCCACAUCCAUCCUCUGCUCCCUCCCUACCUCACCUUUCACUGGGACCAUUCUUCCCUCAUCCCUCCUUUUUAUUCUAGACAAACUCAAAGGAAUGUUUUAUCUUCAGUGGGCUGGGCCAAUGGUUGUAAAAUAAUCAUUGUAAAUAUUUAAGUUACCUAUUUAGUCAGAAAACCAGAAAGAAAAAGGACAAAAUAACUUCCAGUAUAUAAAUAUAAAUAUAUGGUUCUUUUUUUUUUUUUUGAAGAAAGAAAAGAUGAAAACAUAAGUGUAGUUUUUAGACAAUAUCAAUAAUUGUUAUUAUUAUUGCUAUACCGUAUAAUUCUGCCUCUGAUUCUUGAUCCUUGUAUCAUUAUUGUUAUGGACGUGUAAAUUCCAGAUGAUAUGUAUGACUGUAUGUUGUAGUACAUCUAUGCUCUUCUCCAUCCCUGACAAAGGCACACGUUCCAAAAAGCACUGGAGCACACAGCCAUCUUUAAACUGACACUUGUACAUGUUGCCAUGCUGCCUGUGUGUCAGUAUGUUUCCACACUGAUUUCAAUCCACCAGUGCAGGCAACACUGAUGUCCACAUAACUGUACAGGUCGACUGCUGCAGGUAUUAAAGGUGAUUCAGUGCCCUCUCAGUUGCUUUUUUGGAAAACUAUAUGUAGGUUGUUUUGUAAGAGGCAUGUAUUAGAGAAAGGGAGUGUAAAAGGUUAAAAACUAGAAAUUAAAUUAAACCUGCUUUUCUUCUUUUCUCUGA